AUGGCCGCCGGGCCUCCCCUGCCGAAGAAGCGCUGCCUGCGCCGCCCAGCCCGGCGGCUGGCGGGGUUGCUGGGCGUGCUGGCCGGCCUCUCGGCGCUGCCUUUCCUGGCGGGCGGCGGCUACGAGGAGCUGCUCUCGCGGGCGCUGCUGCCGCUGCUGCUGCCGGCGGGGUCCCCGGAGCCUUCCGCCGCCGCCGCCUUCCCGCCGCCACUCCCGGCCAGCUUCUCGCUAUCCCCGCCGGCCUGCGGCCCAUCCUCCGCCGCCGUCCCCGGCCUGCUGGUGCUGGUCCCCAGCGCUCCGGAGCACGGGGCUCGUCGGUCGGCGGUGCGUCGGAGCUGGGGCUCGGCGCGGGAGGCGGGAGGCCUGACGGUGCGCACCGUCUUCGCCUUGGGGCUUCCCCGGGAAGCUUCGGUGCAAGAGGCGCUGGAGCGCGAGGCGGCCGAGCACGGGGACCUGCUGCAGGGCCGCUUCGCCGACACCUACGGGAACCUGACGCUGAAAACGCUGGCGAUGCUCGGCUGGGCCGCCUCCCGUUGCCCGGGCGCCCGGUUCGUGCUCAAGGCCGACGACGACGUCUUCGUUAACCUGCCGGGCUUGGCGCGGCACCUGCGGGCGUUGCAGGAGGAAGAACCGGGCGGAACCCCCGCCGUCUACCUGGGCCGCCUCCACUGGCGGGUGGCGCCCGACCGCGACCCCGGGAGCCGCCACUACGUGCCGGCCCGGCUCUACCCUCCGCCCGCCUUCCCGCCCUAUUGCAGCGGCACCGCCUACGUGCUCUCCGGCCGGGCCGCCUCCGCCGUCCUGGCCGCCUCCCGGCAUUUGCCUCUCGUCCCCGUGGAGGACGUCUUCGUGGGCCUUUGCGCCCGCCGGGCCGGCUUGAUCCCUCGGCAUUCGGCCCGCCUGGCCGGUUCCGCCCGUUACCCGCCCGACGCCUGUUGUUACCGGGAGCUGCUCUUCAGCGUCCACGGCGUCUCGCCCGGACGGAUGGUGGCUAUGUGGGCCGAGCCCGAGCGGCCCUGCUCCGCCUGGCAGCGUUUCCUGGGACCCGCCCGCUGCAAGGCGCUGGCUUGGCUGGCCGGGGAGAGGGCCGGCUCGUGAGGAAGGAG